GUUUAACCAUCGAUGGGAGUCAGUAGCGGUGGAAAUGAGGAUGCCAGAUCGCAUAUUGAAAAAAUGCGCGACUUUAUGCGUAAAAAGAUGAGAAGACCGAUCGAUGACUAUUACGAUUGGGUGCCGAGGCCUGGAACACAAUUCUGUAUUCAUAUGACGAUUAGAAGUAUUCAAACUGCCGCAGUUGUUGGAUCAGUUUUAGGGCCCGUAUCGGCGUUGUUGAUGCAUCGAAGUGAGAAGAAAGAGUUGGUUGACGCAUUUGUAAUCGGAGGCUUGCACGGUGCAAUGGUUGGAGCUGCAUUAGGACCGGUGAUAUCACUGGCGACGUGCAAAAAUAUGAAUCGAGUUAGAAAGUUCCAAAAUCUGGUGAAAAACAAAUUUGAUCAAACCCAGCUUUGGCAGGAUCACAUUGCAAUCGCAUCAGCAGCCGUCGGAUACAUGUCAAGUGGUCAACUCGGUCUCGUCGUUGGUCUCGAUCUUUCUCUACUUUUUGCAGUAAUUACUAGGAAUUUGUAGAGAAAAUCGUUUUUUUUAUUAUUUUCUUUCUAUUUUUUUGCUUUCGAACAGAUUUUUAUGUGUAUUAAUUUUCUAGUCACUAUAAGUUCAUUUUUUCCUUCUCUCUGUACUAAUGUUCGCUCACACUUUUUUUUUUGCUAAACAGGAAGAAACAGAACAAAAACGGGGCUUAUGUACUAAUCCAGUGCCAAUAUAAUUGAAAAUAAAGAUUUUAUUUCCUC